AGCCGAGAGAGCGCUCCAGAGACUGCCGAGCGUGGGGCAGAGCGGGGAAAGAGACAGAGAGAGAGAGAGGAGCGUCCGCCGAGCGGAUGGAGGCGCGGCGUGCCGAGCGCCGAGGCGCUGGGAAGGGCCGGGGAGAGCCCCUGUGAACAGCGGCUGUGAAGCAUGUUACAGAACCUCAUGACAAGUGGAUGAAGGGGAAAGGAAAAAGUGCCAUUGAUAGCUAGAAUAGCAACAUGGGAAAUACAACCACCAAAUUCCGCAAAGCUCUUAUAAAUGGAGAUGAAAAUCUGGCCUGCCAAAUAUAUGAGAGUAACCCUCAACUAAAAGAAACUCUUGACCCAAAUACUUCGUAUGGAGAAACUUACCAGCACAAUACUCCACUCCAUUAUGCUGCUAGGCAUGGAAUGAACCGUAUCCUGGGAACUUUCCUUUUUGUUAGAGAUGGUAACCCAAAUAAACGGAAUGUGCACAAUGAGACGUCUAUGCACUUACUGUGUAUGGGACCGCAGAUCAUGAUCUCAGAAGGAGCUCUUCAUCCUCGCCUGACAAGACCCUCCGAAGAUGAUUGCAGAAGAGCAGACUGCCUGCAAAUGAUCUUGAAAUGGAAGGGAGCAAAGCUGGAUGAAGGACAGUAUGAACGAGCAGCCAUUGAUGCUGUUGAUAACAAAAAAAAUACACCUUUGCACUAUGCUGCUGCCUCAGGGAUGAAAACCUGUGUCGAGCUUCUGGUAAAACACGGUGGGGACUUGUUUGCAGAAAAUGAAAAUAAAGAUACCCCAUGUGACUGUGCAGAGAAACAACACCACAAAGAGCUAGCUCUUAACCUGGAAUCUCGAAUGGUAUUUUCACGUGAUCCUGAAGCUGAAAGCAUUGAAGCUGAGUAUGCUGCUUUAGACAAAAAAGAGCCAUACGAGGGGCUUAGACUUCAGGAUCUGCGGAGGCUUAAGGAUAUGCUGAUAGUGGAAACUGCUGACAUGCUUCAAGCACCACUCUUUACUGCAGAAGCUCUUCUCCGGGCACAUGACUGGGACAGGGAGAAGUUGCUCGAGGCAUGGAUGUCUAAUCCAGAGAACUGCUGCCAGCGCUCGGGGGUUCAGAUGCCCACUCCCCCUCCAAGUGGGUACAACGCGUGGGAUACGCUGCCUUCGCCACGAACUCCCCGCACUACUCGCUCCUCUGUAACUUCCCCUGAUGAAAUCAGCCCGUCACCAGGAGACAUUGAGACAGCUGUGUGUGACAUUUGUAUGUGUAAUAUAUCUGUGUUUGAAGACCCAGUGGAUAUGCCUUGUGGCCAUGACUUCUGCAGAGCAUGCUGGGAGGCAUUUUUGAAUCUGAAAAUUCAAGAAGGUGAAGCUCACAACAUUUUUUGCCCAGCAUAUGAUUGUUUCCAGCUUGUGCCUGUAGACAUCAUAGAAAGUGUGGUUUCCAAGGAGAUGGACAAAAGAUAUCUUCAAUUUGACAUUAAGGCCUUUGUUGAAAAUAAUCCUGCUAUUAAAUGGUGUCCUAUCCCAGGCUGUGAAAGAGCAGUAAGGCUAACAAGACAAGGAUCGAAUUCAACAGGAUCAGAUACGCUUAGCUUCCCUAUGCUAAAAGCUCCUGCUGUAGACUGUGGAAAGGGACAUCUUUUCUGCUGGGAAUGUCUUGGUGAAGCACAUGAACCUUGUGACUGCCAAACCUGGAAGGAUUGGCUACAGAAAAUAUCUGAAAUGAAGCCAGAAGAACUUGUGGGAGUUAGUGAGGCAUAUGAGGAUGCUGCCAACUGCCUGUGGUUACUAACUAACUCCAAACCAUGCGCCAACUGCAAAUCUCCAAUUCAGAAGAAUGAGGGCUGCAACCACAUGCAAUGUGCGAAGUGCAAGUAUGAUUUUUGCUGGAUAUGCUUAGAAGAAUGGAAAAAGCACAGCUCUUCUACAGGAGGAUACUACAGAUGUACUCGCUAUGAGGUUAUUCAGCAUGUAGAGGAACAGUCCAAAGAGAUGACAGUAGAGGCUGAAAAGAAGCAUAGGAGAUUUCAAGAACUGGAUAGGUUUAUGCAUUAUUACACAAGGUUUAAGAACCAUGAACUUAGCUACCAGUUAGAACAGCGCCUUCUAAAAACAGCCAAAGAAAAGAUGGAGCAGCUGAGUAAAGCUCUCAGUGGAACUGAGGGAGGCUGUCCUGAUACCACAUUCAUUGAAGAUGCAGUACAGGAGCUUCUGAAAACUCGACGCAUUCUCAAGUGUUCUUAUCCAUAUGGAUUCUUUUUGGAGCCUAAAAGCACAAAGAAAGAAAUAUUUGAACUUAUGCAGACAGACCUGGAAAUGGUCACUGAAGACCUUGCACAGAAAGUAAACAGGCCUUACCUUCGGACUCCUCGCCAUAAAAUCAUCCGUGCAGCUUGUCUUGUGCAGCAAAAGCGGCAGGAAUUCUUAGCCUCUGUGGCCCGUGGUGUUGCCCCUGCAGACUCACCAGAAGCUCCCAGGCGCAGCUUUGCUGGUGGAACAUGGGAUUGGGAGUAUUUGGGAUUUGCAUCCCCUGAGGAAUAUGCUGAAUUUCAGUAUCGGAGGAGGCACAGGCAGCGUCGACGUGGAGACAUGCACAGUCUGCUGAGUAAUACUCCAGAUCCUGAUGACCCCAGUGAGAGUACAUUAGACACUCAGGAAGGUGGCAGUAGCAGAAGACAUGGCACUUCCAUGGUGAGUUCAGCUUCUAUGGGUAUUCUGCACAGCUCUUCACUUCAUGACUAUACCCCUGUCAGUCGCUCUGAAAACCAGGAUUCUCUGCAGGCCCUGAGUUCUUUGGAUGAAGACGACCCGAACAUCCUGCUAGCUAUUCAGUUGUCACUACAAGAAUCUGGCUUAGCCAUAGACGAAGAAACUAGAGACUUUCUGAAUAACGAGGCAUCUUUAGGAGCAAUAGGUACGUCUCUACCUACAAGAUUGGACUCUGCUCCCAUAAGUAUAGAUAACCCAAGAGCCGCCUUGAGCAGCUCUGAGCUGUUAGAACUCGGUGACAGCCUGAUGAGACUAGGGGCAGGCAGCGAUCCGUUCUCGGUCGAUCGACUUCAUUCACACGCCUGCAGCGAUACAAGAGGUGGAUUAUACUCAACAUCUAGUGAUGCUGAUUCCAGUAGUCAAGAUCCCAAUACCAAUGAAAAUCUUCUUGGAAAUAUUAUGGCCUGGUUUCAUGACAUGAAUCCACAGAGUAUUGCUCUGAUCCCUUCAACAAGUACAGAAACAGAUGAGGAUUCGCAGCAACCCAGUACUGAAGAUGGGUCAGCAGGGCGGGUAAAUGUUAGAGACACAGGGUUGGAGCUUCAGGAAGAGCAUGCGCUAUUUGAGGAUGCACUCAAAAACGAAGGCAGAGGAACGCAAACAGAGGAAGGCACUUCUGAAGAAAACAUUAUUCCAGGUGAAACAGUUUCGCAAGGUGGUGAUAAUACCAGGGAAGUAACAAGCACCCUGGAUGCUUCAGGAGAUGCUUCAAAUCAGACUCCUCAAACCUCAAGUGAAUGGAUUGAACGUGUGCAUCUGGUAUGAACAAAAACUAAAUCCGAAGUAAGCAAAUGGCAGUGACAGAUGGUACAGUAUGUGGAGUAAGCAUUAUGGAGGCUUUGAUCCACAUAACUACAGCUCAGUUGUAACCACUGACGUAACAACGGAUAUUUAGAGGCUCUCUUGAAUUGUAGUUCUUUGUAAUAAUGUGAAACUUUCAAGGAAUAUCCUUUCCAUUUAAUUUGGUAGUACUUGCCUCUUUGCUCUCAAGAAAAUUGAAUAAGUAGGUUGUAUUCCACAUUCCUAAUACAAGGCAGCAUCUGUUUAGCCUUAGGUUGAUGAUCCUUAACUUUAAAGUUUGGAUUAAAGGCUUACACUGAUUAUUUUGGUUGUUUUUUCUAAUAAAUAGUUUAUUCCUUUUUUUCUUUUUUCUUUUUUUUUUUUUUUUCUUUUUUUUUUUUUUUUUGGAACUCAUUCUUUCACCAAAACAACAUUUAGCAAUUUAUUUGGGGUUUUUGUUUUGUUUUCCAUAACCUUUCCUUACUCAUUUGUCAUUUUUGUUAGCAGAGUGAUCUGAGGUAUUUAAUGCUUCUCUUUAUUACUGCUCCAGGAACAAGUUUUAGGGGAUAUUCCUUCACAUUAAAAUCAAAGAUUUUUUCAUGUCUAUUUACAGUCCAAACGUGCCAAACUGUGAAUAGUUAGCUGGCAGUAGCCUGAUCAAACAGGGCGGUGUUACUCUAUCAAACUAAUCCCACAAUUCUUAGCAGUGAAAGAAACCACUGGGUAGCAUUGCUUCUCUAAAUUUAACUGGCAUGUGUUGCCAUGGUGACUGCAUUUAAUCAAAUGUAGCCUGUAUCUUAAGUUAAUAAAACCUAAUGCUGCUGUUAAACAGUUAUUUUAAACAUUAAAAUACAGUCAAUUAGCAACAGCUAUGCUGUAUUUUAAGAGACACUUUAAUGGAAGUGCAAUCAUAGUUCUUUGUUUUCAUAAUUCUACAAAGCAUUCUAUGCACUGAUAGUGCAAUUACUUUUAAUGAUAACAUUUUAUAAAAAUAUAGGAAUACAGGAUUUUCAUACAUUAGCCAGUCCCACAGUUAAAGUUCAGAUAACAGAUUCUGCUCAACAUGUUACGGUGCCUUUGCCAAACCCAACUGGAUAGUUGCCACAGUUAAACAAGUAAUUCAAUUUCAGUGUCUGUUCUGGAGUAACUAUGCUAUUAAUUGCAAAGACCUCCAUACAACCACCCAUGGCCUUGCCUUUACAGUAAAUAACUAAGUGUUGAAUCAGUGUUUUCGCAUAAACAAAACACUGCUAGGUAUUUGUUCAAUUGCACAAUAUUCAUUUGCUGUGUGAUUACUGUUUAGUGUUUAAAAAAAAACACACACACAAAAAAAACCCCUUCCUAGUCGUUGUACCGUGAAAAUAAAAAAAAUACUGGUUUUAGAUUUGCUUAAAAGCAUCAAUCUACAGUUAGUGAGAUACAAUGGUACAGUAUGUAAUUACAACUAGAGUAAGUUGUUGAAAUGGCUGUUUUAAUUACAUAUAAUCAAACCUUUUCAUAACACAAGCAAAUUACAUACACUCCAUUUUAAGUUUUGCUUAACUGUUACCAGAAAUUUCUUGAUAUGAUAUAAAAGUUUAUUACUACUGAGUGUGUAUAGGCAAGUGUCAUGAUAGCAAAGUUUAUGUAUUGAUUACUGUGAGUUCAAGUGAGUGUUUUGAAUUCAUGCAAAUCCUGCUUUUGAACCUUGGAGUCACAAGGUUCGUAUUAGUAAAAACUGAAGUAAGAAUAUUUUAGCCUUACCCCUUAAGAACCUAGAUCAUUUUGCAAGCAUCUUUAGCGAUAAUGGAAUAGAGUAGUCUCAACUCGUUUACCAGCUUUCCCUCUAGCUGCCCCUUUCCUGACAUAAUCAUGAACUUUUGGACAUCUUUGCAAAAUGCCUAUUUAAAAUUGUUGUACGGUAUAAAAUCCUUCAACUAAAGCGGUUCUUUGUGAACUGUCAACAUGAAUUGGCCUGAAAGUUGUUUAGCUCACAUAGCUUCCUUGAAUGUCUGGAUAGGAAGAUUCUCACAAAGAUCGUGUGUAUUGCAUUGAGAUGUCUUGCAAAGCUACAGUAAGAUACGUUAAGAGUGCUCUCUGUGAAGAUAGUGAAGUUUGUGGGUUCUGGUUUUUUGUAAUUUGGUUAGGUUGUGCAGUAUAUUCAUUGUUUCCGUGUUACUCUUACGAGCAUGAAAUUAGCCUAUUAAAUUUGUAUUUUCUUGGUACUUAUUUUAACACCAUAGUCAUUGACUUUACAAUUCAAAAAUAAAGUUUGGCAAGACUAUUUUGUAAACCUGUUAAUUUUAUAAUGUAAAAAAUUACUCUAACCUUGAAUUGUUAUUUGCACUUUCAUAGUCUAUACUUGAUACAUUCCCACUUUAUAUACAAGUAGGAUACUACAACCAUGUAGAUGUUUGGCCAAAUGAAUGCUGUUAAUAAUAUGUAAAAUUCUUUGAUUAAACAUUUAUUACUUAAACUAA